GUUGCCUCAAUGCCUCGUGGCCACGAUCAGGGGUGGUUAUAUUACGGUAACAAAAAGGAACUGCCCAGGACCAGGGGAUUUGGCGGCCGGCAACGCAGCGCCAUCCCACCGUUUUCGCUCCUCACUGCCGCCCAAUGGAACCCAGCAUGGUAGCAGAGACGCGCGCCGCCCACCCGGACGGCGGGCGCGUCACGGCGGCGGCGGUGGUCGGCUGCAUCUGCCUCGACCACGUCGCGUGCGCCGAGUGCGAUCGCAUCCUCGGCAUCCCAUUCCUCGCGAUCGACGCACGGCCCCCGUCCCCACGGCGCGCGUCGACGACGCCGGGCUCAGGCUCGGGCUCAGGCUCGCCGCCCGUCCCCAUGGCGCGCAUCGGCGUCGGGCUCAGGCUCGGGAUCGGGCCGGGCACAUGCGGAGACGAGGCCCUGGCAGAGCGGUUCGACGCGUCCAUCUCCGGCAUGACGGAGCGGCUCGGUCUCGCGCCGGCCGUCAGGGAUCGGGCCGAGGAGGUGUUCAGGAAGAUGGAGGCGGCCAGGGCGUGGCCGCGCGGCCCGGGCUGGGCCAAGGGCCGGUCCCCCCGGGACAAGGGCAGGCUCUACGCGGCCUGCCUCUCCAUCGCGUGCCGCAACGAGGGCUCCCCGCGGUCGCUGAGGGAGCUGGCCCUGGCGACGGCGGACGGCAGCGCGGCGGCGAGGAAGGAGAUCGCCAAGCUGAUCGCGCACAUCAGGAAGCGCCUGGGCGAGGAGGAGGCCGGGCUGGCGACGGGCGUCGGCGCGGUCCCCGUCUACGGCUACCUGCGCCGCUUCGGGCCGCUGCUCGGGCUGGGGGACCGGGAGGCGGCGGCGGCGUGGGAGGCCGCGCGGAGGCUGGAGGAGGGCGUCCUCGACGUGCGGCACAACGCGGAGGCUGUUGCGGCCGCCGUCGUCUGCAUGGCCAUGGAGCGCGCAGGCGCCAGGAGGCACAUCAGGGAAGUGGCGACGGCCACCGGCAUCCCCUAUACCACCGUCUACCUCGUGUGCAGGAAACUGCGCCCCCACGCCGCGCUGCUCUUCGACUGACGGACGCGCCGCCAUGGUUCCUUUAUUGUUCUUCUCCCGGCAAUCGUAUAUGUGAUCCCCGUAGUGUCUGAAAAUCUAUUCUUCAGUCCAUUGCAACCACGCACUUAGUGUGUAAAUACAUCCGUAUCUAAAUAAAUCUAAUAUAAGUAAUUUGAAACAGAGGUUGUACUUGUUUGAUUAUUACUACGCUGAGUAGGUAUUUAGUUCAGAACUUCUAUGCGGAGAAAAAUUGUAAAUUAUCAAUUAAACUCGUCAACGUGAAUCUUUUGAUUCGUUUCCUAUUGUUUUCUGUGCACGAUGAACUAUUUGCUGGCGGGGUGUCGAGUGCUAAUCCUGAAGGAAAUCCUUUUGUUUGAAAUCUUAUUUGGUGUUCCUCUGUUCCUUUGCGUACGAAGUACAGGUGUUGCACGGGACAUGUCCCAUCUAUGACAGUGUAGACAAAGAUAGCUAUCAUGCUUUGGUUGCAUGCGGCCAUGCACGUAGCAUUUGGAAGACCAUGAGGAGAGUUUGGUCGCUACCACAAGACCAGUUACUUCUUA